GUGCGCGGCCCCCCCCGCCGCCCCCGCUGGGCGGCGGCAAGCUGGGUGACCUCAUUGGCGGCGGCAAGCCGGGCGGCCUCGCGGCGCGGCGGCAGCCGCCGAGGAGCGCGCCGCUGGCCGCAGCGGGCCGCGUGGGUGCCGCGUCGCCCGCCUCGCCCAAUGGUGGAGUGGUGAG